AUGUCCCUUCUGCCAAAACGUUCCCGCUUCUUGAAACCAGGCGAAGAGGAUCUGAUAGCUUCGGAGGAGAUAGACGAAUGUCCUGAAGGUGCUGUAGUCUCCAAUGUCGCCAGCAUUCGGCAUAUCGACCAACAGCGCCAAAGCUUACCUACUUUCAAGUGGCGCAGUCACUUUCUCUAUUUAUUGGAAACUUCAAGGGUUGUUGUGGUUACCGGAGAGACAGGAAGCGGAAAGUCGACCCAGCUACCACAGUACAUCUACGAAGCAGGAUGGGUUCGUGGAACAUCAAAAUAUAUCGCCGUGACGCAGCCUCGACGCGUAGCAGCUAUCAACUUGGCAGCGCGGGUGGCAGAGGAGAAGGACUGUAAUUUGGGCAACGAGGUUGGCUACCUGAUUCGGUUUGAGGACUGCUUCAAGCCGGGUCGGACGUCGAUUCUCUACAUGACUGAUGGAAUGCUGAUUCAGGAGAUGACUCGUGAUCCUCUGCUCCAGAACUAUCGCGUGAUUAUGCUUGAUGAGGUGCAUGAACGCUCUCUCCAAGUGGAUUUGCUUAUGGGUUUGGUGAAGAAGAUUCUGCGUAAACGCCUGCAUGAUCUGCGAGUAGUGGUCUCGUCGGCUACUUUGGAGGCGCAAAACUUCAUCAGCUACUUCAAGGACCUGAAUCUGCGAGAGCCCAUAGUAGAAGAGAGUGACACCCGCCUCAAGCCCGUCUCCCACUUGCACGUGGAGGGCAGGCAGCAUCCCGUGCGUAUCUUCUACCUGCGUGAUCCCACACCCUGCUACGUUACCGAGGCGCGCAAAACCAUCUUCAAGCUGCAUGAAGAUCGGCCUCUCGGCGCGGAUAUUCUCGUCUUUCUGACAAGUAGGCCAUUCUCUUCAUUCGUAGCACUUGCUGACCUCGUUUUCAUUCAGUUUUUUUCAAAGACAUUCUUUAAUAUAGGCCAAGAUGAGGUGAAUCGGUUGGUGAGUGAGCUAGUCGACGAGUACCGCGACCGCAAAGAGCGGUUCAUCCAAAAACAGCAGCAAUCAAAAGAGGGCCGAGGAGGCGGUGACCGUUACCCCCCUCUACGUAGCUUGCCCCUCUAUGGUGGACUUCCAGCGCACGAGCAGCUCCGCGUUUUCGAGCGUCCUACGCACGCCGUUCGCACCGUUGUCGUGGCAACCAAUGUGGCGGAGGCCAGUGUCACUUUGCCUCGGAUUGGCUAUGUCAUCGACUGUGGGUACGCACGUCUUCGUGCCUACAAUGCGAACAACUCGCUUGAGGCUCUUGUCACCCUGCCCGUCUCGAAGGCCUCGGCUAACCAGAGAGCCGGUCGGGCGGGUAGAGUGCGAGUGGGAGAGGUUUACCGUCUUUAUACCGAGGAUGCCUACCACCAUAUAUUGCCACGAUUUACAGCCCCAGAGAGCCAACGCAGUGAUCUCGCUACCUCCCUGCUUCGUCUAAAGACUCUGGGUGUGGAUUCUCUGGUGCGCUUUGAUUGGCUGCCACCAAGGCCACCCGCCCGACAUCUUGGACAAGCGGCGGAGCAACUCGUUUCCUUGGGUGCGCUGACCGUAGCCGCGGGAAUGCCAAUGACCGAACGAGGUGCCCAGCUGAGUGCUCUAUGCUCCGCUUGUGGUCUCACCCAACCCGCCGCUGCUGCCGCUCUUUUGGGCGCAGUGGAGGAGGGCUGCACCCUUGAGGUGGCCGCAAUUGUCGCUCUUAUGCAGCUGCAGAACGUCUUCGUCUCAAGUGCUAGUUACAGACGGACUGCUGACCGUAGUCGGCGCGUACUUUUUGGCACCACCGCCGGAGACCACCUCACCGAACUGAAUGCAUUCACCGCCUAUGAGACGCAGGCGUCCAUACUAAACCAGUCGGAGUUGCAACGGUGGUGUCAAUCCGUCGGGCUGAAUGCUCGAGCGCUGCAACACGCCCUCUAUCUGCGAGAUCGAAUUCUCGGGAUGCUCCAACGAUCUAAAAUGCCCUGUGUGGCUGUGGAGCCGCCCGGAAAUCCGUUGCCUAUCGUGCGCGCUCUUCUUCGUGGCUUCUUCAUGCAGGUCGCCCACCUGGCUCCAUCGGGUACACACUAUACGACGGUACGAGGAGACCACGCGUUGCGGCUCCAUCCGAGUUGCGUGCUUUAUGCCGCGCCCUCAACGGCCCGCUGGCCGAAGUGGAUCCUCUUCACCCGUGUCCACCUCAGCGCUCCUCUCAGCGAUAACCCAGCAGCAGCAGCCACCGUCUCCCCCACCGCCACGUGCGUGUCGGGUGUGAGCGCCAUUCAACCGGAUUGGCUAAUGGAACUGGCGCCUCACUACUUCCAAUAUGGCACGGCUAGGGAGCAUGUGCUCAACAAAUAG